AACCCAACACCCCCCACUUCCUUCUUCUCUCCCCCCCCACCUCCCCCCCCAAAACCGGUGUAUGUUUGGCGAAGCAAGAGGAUUGACAAUCUGGUCCUUCAAAGUUUCCUGCCUCAGAUUUGCCCGGAAUAUGUCUCUGACCAACACAAAGACCGGCUUUUCUGUAAAGGACAUCUUGGACUUGCCUGACACCAAUGACGAAGACGGAUCUAUCGCGGAAGGGGGCGACGAAGAGGCGGAGGGGCCGGAACCCCCCAAAAAGCCCGGGGUUUUGGGGACAACCGCCUUGGACACUGUUCAGACGCUACCUCUGAAGAACCCCUUUUACGACAAUACCGAUAAUCCCUACACGCGUUGGCUCGCCACCACCGAGAGCAUCCAGUAUUCCUUGCACGGCUUGGCAUCCAGCAACUCCCAACAGGACUCGGCGUCCAAAUCUCCGGAGCCUUCGGCGGACGAGUCUCCGGACAACGACAAGGAAACUUCGAGCAACGGCGACUCCGGCAAGAAACGGAAACGGCGGGUGCUUUUCUCCAAGGCGCAGACUUACGAGCUGGAGAGGCGCUUCAGGCAGCAGCGGUACCUGUCGGCGCCCGAGAGGGAGCACCUGGCCAGCCUGAUCCGCCUCACCCCGACGCAGGUGAAGAUCUGGUUCCAGAACCAUCGCUACAAGAUGAAGCGGGCCCGGGCCGAGAAAGGACCGAUCACCGUGCGAUUACUUGGAGGAGGUGGAGAGGAGAAGGCAGAAAGGAGGGGAGGAAAGCAAACUCUCGAUUGGUGGCAGCAGGUUGGAGACCUCACCCGACCCCCCCCCCCCGCUCCAGCCUCCACCCGCCACCCCGAACUUCCUGCGCGGGGCCCAGCUCAAGAAGCGCGCGCGCGGAGCGAUGUAGCAGCAGAUACUCGUGAAGUGUUGGUGUGUAUUAGAUAUUGUAUUGAGCAAUAUUUCAGGAAAUAUGUACUUGUGGCGUCCUGAGAGCGACACUCUUGCUCUGUCGAUAAAUCAACUCGCUUUAUCCCAGCAUCUGCAAAUAAACUCUCUCUCAUCUCCCCCAUCAAAAGAAAACAAUUUAGUUUUAUUGCUUUAUUUCUCUCCUUCCCUCCCUCCCUCCCUCCCCCCCUCUCUUCCUCUUGGAGGCCUUCUUCGAUUAUAAACGCUGUUAUUAAUAAAGCUAGCUAGGCGAGCUUUAAUCGCUUACAAUCGGGCGAGGAGGAGGCGGGGGAGCAGCGGGGGAGGAACAGGCGUCAGGCCCCGGACGAGUCUCUCUCUUUUACUGACACGCUUUCGCCACAAGGGGUCACUAGAGCCCUUCAUUUCUGCACCGUUGACUCUCCACCCCCGCUGGAAAUCCAGAGCGGGCAUAGAUGUACCUUUAGGAUUUAAAAUGUUGAUCACAGGGGAUGGAUAGAAAGAGUUUGUUAUUUUAUUUAUUUCAGCACUGCCGAAGUUGGUGUCCGAAGUUUCUAAGCGCCCGGGACGUGCUAUGUCUGAAUCCAACUAUUUUAUUUGGGAUAACAAUGGUGCAGCGACUCAAAAGUAUAAUCUUCAUUUUCUGAUCUGUUAUCUGCUCCGGGGCGUAGCCAGGAUUUAUUUUUGGGGUGGCAGGCUUUAGGGGGAGGCAGAACCAAGUUAUCUGCAAUGCAACUGGUUAGUUAAGUAUUGUUUUAUUUAUUUGCUUAAUCUAGGCCUGCCUCCUCCUGACUACGCCCAUGUAUCUGCUCCUGUCAAAUAAGAGGGCGGCUGCUUUUUUGUUUCACUCCGUGCAAUUCCGGAAUAAAAUAAAAUAAAAACGCUGCAAUGGGGUUGUCAACUUCCUUCGCCACAAAGCAAACGAAAUACGUUCUUCACUUUAAUUCACAAGCAAGCAUAAUAGUCCGCCCAUGGCUUGAGGGGAGCUCACUGUCCAUUAUCUGACCCUCUGGCGAAGCAGGGCCAGAACGUGGCUUGGCUGGAAAGCGAAACAUCGUCACUCGGUGAUGAAAUUCUAUCUAUUCACAUAGAAUGACCAGACCACUUGCCUGCUUUGGGGAGCAGGCAGCUGGAAUUCACAUUGAAUGCCAAGGGUCAGUUUUAAUUUUGGUUGUGUGCAGGGCAGUCAGGCAGCUUCAGUCUCUAAACGUAAUUGUCUUAUGGAGGUGGGUGCUCUUUAGAUGAUAAUGUGUCUUACUGCACUUCAAAAUGUGAUAAGCGACAACUGGUGUGAUAAGCGACAGCAUGAGCGGGGUUUUUCAGAUGCUGUUCUUACUUGUGUAGAACUGCAUUCACAAUGCAGGCUAACUUUGGGGAGAAAAGAAUGCUCCAGCAUUGUUUGGAUGAUCCAUUUAACCAAAAGCAUGAAUCUAUGAAAGUGUGGAGCAAUUGGUUGUGUGGAUUAUCUCCAGCAGACUUCAUAGCACACAAACCAGGCAUUUUUUGCUUGUGGUGGUGAACUCACAUCCAGGCUGCACAUAAAGUCAAUGCCUGAAAGAUUUCUGCCUGUGAGCUUCAGUAUGCAGAACUGUCGCAGGUUUCUAAGGGGACUUUGCAGAGUUGUACAUAUAAAAUGAAUCUCAAGGUUGAGAGGACAGCAGAAUCUUGGUGGUGACAGUGGCCCUAGAUGAAGAUGGAGAUAAUUGUUUGAAUCAGAUGCACCCAGUGGGGGUCAUCUGAGCACUGUCAGGCAACAUCCAGGUCUACCUCUGCAGCACAGAUAGUCAUCAUCCAUGCAUUUUAUGUGUAAGAGCCAUUCUACCCACUAAACGGAAUGAUGCAGUAGACUGAGGAGGUGGGAGAUUCUGGAAUGUACCACCUCAGGCCUCAGGAGGGGGGAUCAUGUUUUACAAUGCUCAUCUGUGUUGAAACAAAACCACUCUUAGUACAGCCGUUUCCUUAAGGUGCCAACUUCCUGCAUGCAAAGAGUUUUUUAAUGUGAGGAUUAGGUUUUUUUAAAAUAAAAAAAUGUCAUGCACACACCCCAACUGUAGUCUGAAAUAAUGCAAUCCAGAAUUCUACCACCUCGAUCAAUCUCCUCAUUCUUUGUGAGAACAACUGUGAGCUCUUUUUAAUCAGAAGACUACAAAGGGGCUGUGUGUCAGUUUCUGGGUGAUGCUUGAGUACUGCCCCAUGAACAAGAACAGAUUUAGUUAUUCCAUGAUGUUAUUACUCAGGGUUAAUAGAUGGAACAGUGAUUAAUAUAUUCCCAAGUGGUCAGGGGAGAGUAGGAGUAACUGCCUUUCCAUCUCUCAUUAAGACCACCUAACUUUGAAUUAAUGUCCUUUCUCAUUUAUAAAGCAAGAAGUCCCCAGAACAAACAUUAUUAAUUUGAGUAGAGAGAUUAUCAUAGAAAGCUGGUCUCUUUUUUCUUUUUUCUUUGUGUUGCCCCUGUAGCAGCAAUCCUGUUCAGGAUUCCAGCCAACAAGAUAAACCCUUUUCUCAAAUACUCCAUUCCAUCCUCCUCCUCCUCCACCAUUCUAACUGCCAGCAUUUCAUGCCCACUGAGCAUGCACAAUGAAUUUCCCCUGAGUAUGCUGAUGCUGUGGAUCUCCUUGGGGAUUUUGCCCAUUUUGAUUGCAUAAGGAUCCACAUUCAAAUAAUGGUGUUAGCCUGCCUCUCCACCUUGCAAAACUGUAGUAAGGGUUACUGAGAUACACAUGCGAGGCCUAGAAUGUUCUAUGUGCUACCAAUGCUUAGCAUGGGUCUAAGAAUAAAGGAACAGGUUGUCUCCUUGCACCCCACUUGUAUAACAGAAUACACUAACUUCUCUCUCUUAAAAAUGCCAAUUCCCCUCUUGUUCUGAAUCAAGAAGUCUGAUGCAUGAGCCUGUGGCUUUGUUUUUAUCUGUUAAAAUGAUCUGAAAGGGGGAAAGGGAGCAAAACUGUAACCAACCACAGAGAGGCGCUAUUGGAUAAGAAGAGGGCAUCAAAAAUAGUGCAGCAUCUGAUCCGAGACAGAUUUUUGUGCCAUUUGGUAUCCUAUGUGAAAUGAAGUUGUAUUAUCCAGGGGUAUACCAGGGGUUUUGAAUGACCUGUGGGCAAAGAUUGCUUGAGUUGCCUCAGAGCCCUUCACCAAAGUGGGAAAAGGCACUGGCUGCUUAAAUGUUGGUUUUAUCAUCUAUGCAUCUGAGAGCAAGAUUUGUCAAUGCCUUUUGCUUAUGCUCAACCUCCCCAGAGAGGAGCCAAAUGUGAGAUGAUACAAUUUCUUUGGAGAAAAACUGAGAUAUGCAUGCAAAAGUGAUCCUACGGUUCAUCCGUCAACAUUCCUACGAAGAGAACCAAUUUCCUCAACAUGGGGAAUGGGACAGGUAAUAUUUUGAAUCCAGAAGGCCCUAGGUCUCAGUUUCUGGUACCUCUGGUUAAAAGGAUUUCAAGUGCCAGGGUUUGGAAAGUCUCAGACCUUGAGACCCAUUUCAACAGAUGGGCCAGUGAUCUAACUGAACUUCAAAUGCUCAACAGUCUAUUGUCAUCAAAAAGCACAAGGCUCUUGCGUUAAAGUUAGCCCAUAAAUGUUUGUGAGGCUCCUUCAGACGUGCUUGGUCAUCCUUUACUCUGGUGGACCCUGGAAUUGGAUCAAAGCAUCCCUGUGGUGAAAGUCAGAGAAGUUCCUGCAUGUGCCUGGGAUUUGGAGGGGUCACAUGCCCAGAGGGGGGCAAGAGGGAACUUGCUUGCUAUAUGUGAUGGUAUUCCAUGUCUGGCAUUAGAUGACUGAUAGUAUUCAAUGGUAUUUAACAUUUUACAGUUGUUGGCAUUGUUCAGUUUUUGAAAAUUCAUACCCAGCGCCUGCCAAUACCAAAACAGUCCCAGGCUGCCAAUAGGUAAGAUCUUGAAUUCUGAACGGAGAAUUUCACAUUCAUAUUUUUAAUUUGAAUUUAAAUCUGAUGUGUUUCUUUCAAAAUUUAAAUGGGAAAACAACAAUUGUAAUUAUUCAUUCAGCUUCAGGUAUAAGCAAAUCAUUGUCUCUC